CACAAAUAAUAAAUUCAAAAAGGCUUCGAUUAUUGCCAAAAUGGAGUUCUAAUUUAUUCAAAUACAUGAACGUUUUGAAAUUCUCAGUAAAACGUUCAACAUGACGUAUUUGUAUCAGUUUCAGUUUAACAGUGUUAUAGUGAAUGUCAAGUACUUCAUGAAUAGGACCAUACAGAAAAUAAUGUUUAUGAUUCAGAUAUUAUUUUGUCUCUGAUAAGACGUUCGUAAUGGAGUCGAGUAGCCCACGGUUUUAAAUAGUGUAAUUUUAGUGAAUUUCAAUUUGGUGUGCGAUAGUCUUCUUCAACGUUCACGAGGAUUCCUUCAAGGAAGUUCUUUCUUCAAGAAUUCCUGCUCGAGAAAACGUCAAUAACACGCUCGAUCUACAUAGCUCGGUAAUCCAACAUGGAUAAUCUGUUGGUGGUGAUUUCUCUGCUGAUGUUGACAACUCACUACGUCACCAGUGACCAGUUACCAGCGACCAGUGACAAGUCACCAGCGACCAGUGACAAGUCACCAGCGACCAGUGACAAGGAAAAGGAACUAGAUUGGUGGCAGACGACGACUAUCUAUCAGAUUUAUCCGAGAAGUUUCAAGGACAGCAAUGGUGAUGGCAUAGGAGAUUUGAAAGGUAUCGAGCAGAUGGCCGAUUAUUUGAAGGAAAUUGGAGUCGGCGCAGUAUGGCUGAGUCCGAUCUUCAAAUCACCAAUGGCCGACUUUGGAUACGACAUUUCCGACUACAGACAAAUCGAUCCCGAUUUUGGAACUCUGCAAGAUUUCAGAAGUCUGGACAAUAGACUGGAAGAUCUUGGUAUCAAGUUGAUACUGGAUUUCGUUCCAAAUCACUCAAGUGACGAACAUGAAUGGUUUAGGAAAUCCGUCAAGAGAGAAAGUCCCUACGAUGAUUACUAUGUAUGGAAGGACGCCAAAGGUUUUGAUGACAGUGGUAAACCGAUUCCUCCAAAUAACUGGGUAAGUCAAUAUGGAGGAAUUUAAUAACAUAUCUGAGUCUAGUGUAAAAAUAAUAACGGAGAGAGGGAACAAUUCUACCUACACCAGUUUCUCAAUAAGCAGCCCGACUUGAAUUACAGGAACGAAGACCUGAAGAGAGAAAUGCAGGAAAUUCUGACAUUCUGGAUGAGUAACGGCGUGGACGGAUUCAGAGUGGAUGCGGUGCCAUUCCUGGUGGAGGAGAGCUCAUUCAGAGACGAGGCCUACGUGGAUGAAAGCAAAGCGAAGAAUAUGUACGCCAACCUCAAUCACACCGAGACCAUGGAUCAGCCGGAAACCUUUGAAGUCAUCAGGUCGUGGAGGAGACUCAUGGAUAACUUCACCGACACUCAUAAGACUCACAGAAUAGUGAUGAUCACGGAAGCCUACACAACUAUAGAGAAAACCAUGUUGUAUUAUGGUAAUGAGACUCAUCCCAUCUCCCAGUUGCCAUUGAAUUUCAAACUUCUGACCAUCAUCAAACCGGAACUCAGUGCCUUCAAUCUGCACAGAACGAUCGACAGUUGGCUGGCCAAUAUGCCUGCUGGCAAGUGGGCCAAUUGGCAAGUUGGUAACCACGACAACCCCAGGGUUGCCAAACGUUUUGGCGCGGAAAUGAUAGACUCGUUCAACAUGCUGGUAGCCCUGCUGCCGGGUACUGCAGUAACGUACUACGGGGAAGAGCUUGGAAUGGAGGACGUCUUCGUCAGGUGGGACCAAACCAAGGAUCCACAAGGCUUAGUUCUUGGCAAAGAGAAGUAUGUGACCAAGUCACGUGAUGGAUGUCGCUCCCCCAUGCAGUGGAAUGAUUCCAUCAGUGCAGGGUUCUCAAUUUCGGAAACAACAUGGCUGCCCGUCCACCCCAACUACUGGCAUCUGAACGUCGAAGCUCAAAGGAAAGCUGAGAGAAGUCACUUGAAAACCUACAAACUUCUUAUGCAAGCUAGGAAAACUGCUACCAUACAACUAGGAAAGUACCAUGCAUUUCACCAGGGAGAAAACAUGUUCAUAUUCACCAGGACUUUAGCAGAUAAUCCCAGUUAUGUGGUGUUGAUCAACCUGAACUCAGAAGUGUACAGACCAGAUUUAUCGAAAGUCGUGAUUCCAGGAUCACCUGAUAGACUUUAUGUCUACACAUCCAGUCUCAGCGCAGUUCAGAAACGGGGGGAUAUAGUGAUGACAUCUGGGAGUGACCUUGUGCUACGCCCCAAAGCCUCCCUUGUUCUGACGUCACAGGCUAUUGACGAAGAGCCUUCCGCCAGCAACAACCCAUAAUGAGUAAACAAUAGUUCAAAUUAUUAUGUGUUAUCUUAUCUCUAUGAUUGUCUGUUAUCUCUAUAUUCACUCCUUUUCAAGCCGUGUCCACACUGAACAAAUGUUUGACAUACAUGUUCAGCAAACAUAUUCGUUGACGGACUCAGGGACAAACAUUCUGAAAAGUUUGGACAAUCAUUAUUUGUUAAACAAAAAUUAACUGUUUUUCCAAACAUUUUUCGUGUUUGCUGUAAAACAUAAAACUUGUUCCCCCACUUACAAAUAUUUUGUUUGGUGACGCAACCAUACUGGCCACGGGCAAACAUUGUUUGUCAAACAUAAUCAAAUUUGCCCAAACUUUUUCAACAAACAUGUUUGUGGAACAUUUGUUCGGUGUGGACACGGCUUCAGAAAUUAUUUUCUCGAUGUACAGUAUCUGAAUACUAUACUCAGCUUAGAUGUUACAUGACUCUAUUUUGAUGUUCUAGAAAUAUGUUCUCCGCAAACUCUGUAAGUUGAAACUAAAUUGAAAUAGUCAGUGAUUAAAACAAGAAAAUUAUCACAACUUAUUAGGUGAGGAAAGCCUUGGUCUUGCCCAUCUGCAGUGGGGUUAUCGGAAGUAAUUUCGAGUCGUGUAAUUUGGUAUAAAUUUAAUAGUUUAAAAGUAAUUCGGGAUGUCGAGGAUUUAGGUUAUCAAGUCAGAAAGGUAUGGGAUACGGUGUCCUCCUCUUGAAGAACCUCAUUUCAUAUUUAUUUACUUACAAUAGAUAACAAUACAUACUAUAUCGACAAUAAUUAUUGUCAUACAAUAAAAUUAACAAAAUUAAAUCAGAUAUCAGAAUCUUAAAAGAUCUUUCUAUGAUCGUGCAUUUCUGCAUUUUUAAGAUUUUCCAAGUAGCUUAUAACUCAGGAAAAUGAUUUUACAAUUCUGUUGUGAGGUGAAGACUGUAGACUUGAGAUUUUCAGAGUGUGAUAGGGGGAUUGUUUUAAUUUCCCUAAUUCCCAGUCAAGAUCCACAAUCUCUCAAUUAUUAAGUCAUGAAUUACUUUGUAGGUAGAUUUUUUAAUCGUUCCAUUUUAGAUGAGGCAAGAGCGUUGAAGAGAUACGUGUACCGGUAUCUAGUAUUUCUGAAACCACUGUAUCAGGACUAAGCAAGAAUUAGAUAUUUAUCACAAUAU